AAGGAUAUAUCCCUCUUAUGGGAUAUAAUAUUUGAGAAUGGUGAAUUGAAAAGUUUGAUCAAUGUUAAUGAUGCUUAUAAUGAUGUUUUCAAUGACCUGACUGAACAAUAUGGUGUACAGAGAGGAACAGAAUUACUCAUAGCCACUAUUUAUCCAGAGGAGUCUAGGGAUGUUGAGUAAAUAUUAAAAAUGUCUAAUGAUUGAAAUUUGUAGGUUAUAUGUUGGUGUCCGGGUGUUGUAUCCCGCAAAAUGAAUUCGCGAAUGGAAUCGAGAAAAAAGCUCGAACUUUUUGGUGUAAAACAAACAAAUGACGUGUGAGCUCUUUGUUAAUUGAUUAUAUACAAAGGGUGGUUAAAUUGAUCCUGAAAUCAUUUAUUUGAAUUUAAUUAAAGAUUGAUAUAUUUUGCUGUCGAAUAAUUCUCCAAAAUGCCACCAAGAUACGAUCCAAUCCAUGAUAUACUGAUUGAUGAAGCUGAACCAUCAGAUCAACCUGCCAAAGAGGAAUCUAUUGAAGAAAACCCAGAACAACCUCCAACUGAAUCAACUUCGGAUGAGAAUGUGAAAGAAGAACAAAAUGAUGUUAAGACCAAUGAGUUUGAUACUGACGUUGAGAUGAAGAAUGAAGAUACAGAGCCAGAAACAGAAACAGCACCACCACCACCUUCACUACAGCCUCAAGAGGACAAUAAUACAUCUGAACAAAAGACUGAAGAAACAACUGAUACAACCAAUCCAAAGAAACACAAAUUAUCACCUUCACCUUCAAAAGUUCAUUUGAAAAAAACAAAGAAACCAGGUAACAAGAGUGCAACAGUGCUAAGUUCAGCAAGAUCUCGUCAUUUAAAGAAGGAUGAUGGUAAACCAUUCCUAAGAAAAGAUAUACAGUAUCAAUUUCUAAAAGAUUUAUUUGACAACAAAACAAGAGCCUUCCGUGACCCUUAUGCAGAUUCAAAGGAUAAAGUCAACACAGAACCUGAAGAUAGUACGGGGCAUAAAUUAACAUUUGCAGAACUUUAUAUCAAGACAAUUGCACAUAGUUCGAAAUGUUCCAAAAUCUUGAGAGAUCGGUUAUUAAAUGAUAUGAAAAUGAGUAUACCUACCAGCAUGAUCUGCUUGCUAGUUAAUGUUGGUAGAAUGAACACCACAAUCAAUUUUGUUCCAGAUAUGAAGUCACAAUUGAGAACAUAUCAUUCAAUACCCUGUUUACAAGUUGAUUAUGAUGCUUCGGAGAAUAAAUUCACCACUAGUGGUAACGGUGGUGAUAAACAAUUACAAGAUACUCCUAGGUUGAAAUCAAUACUGAAGGCUUGUUGUGAUGAUACCGAGGAGCCAAAUGCAUUGGCUUUAUUAGAGUCUGUGGAGAAGUUACCGAAAACUAGUGUUAUAAAUGUGAUUUUCCUACUUUGUAAUGCUGAAGAAUCAAUAAAUAAGAAGUACUUGAAUGGUGCUGGUUAUACAUUUUUUGAUAUUUUCAUGAAUGCUGAUUAUGAUCCUGAUAAAAGGGCAUUAUUGUUUUUAUGGUUAGUUUAUGCAUAUUUGGAAACAAACUUGACAGAUGAUGAAAUUGCUGAAAAUCCAUUUGGCCAUGGUGCUCCACCUGCUCUAACUAAAACUGAUAAAGAACAAGAUAUUGAUACACCAGAAGAAAUUGAAUUUGGUGAGAAUUUGUAUCAUCAAAGAGUUAAUUUCUUAGCAGAAGAUGAAGCUGAUCCUAAAAGGGAGGAGAAAGUUGAAAAGAAAAAAACAUCUGAAACAUCUUCUGCGUCUACUGAACCUUUACCAAAACCAUUACUCAUGAAUACAUCCAAAACAACAAGUGAUAGUACUACAAAGACACCUAUAAAGAAGUCCGAGAAGGCAACACCAAUACAGAAAUCAAACACGCCAGCUUCAAAGCAAUCCAUUGCAAAAGCCCACCAGGCUCAAACUCCAUCAUCAUAUUCACCUGUACCUCCAUUCACACUACCACAAUUACCAAAAAAUGAUAUUGAUACUGAUAAAGUUAAGAAAUCAUUAAAAUACCUAGCACGUAUCUUUGGUAAGAAAAGGGACAAGAUGGGACAAGUUAGAUAUGAGCACAACAGAAUAGUGCUAGAGGAGCAGCUGGCAAAAGAGAAAGAGGAGGAGGAAAUAAAUGGUCCAGCACCAACUAAUAACAGAAUGAGACUCAAGAAUUAUAAAGGUGAUUAUGUGGAGAAUAGUGACAAGUUUUAUAAACUGUUCAAUCUUUUGAAGAAUGAUUUUGUGGAGAUGACCAAAGCUGAUGAAGAACAUGAUGUUAGUGUAAACGUGGAGUAUGAAGACACAUCCAAGGACUUGACUUUGAAAUCUUUUAGUUUGGACUUUUGA